UCGGUUAAAGAUCGCUGCCAGCGCAACCAACGGAUAACCAAAGCCAAUACCCAGCAACAAAUGCCUUGGAAAAUAUUUUUGAAAAAUUCCAAGUCACAUUCCAAACCAACUAAUUCAAGCGAGCCUGAUUAAUUCGAUUCGAUUAAUUAGCCAGAGGUGAAAAGUGCAUUGCGCGGCUACAGAUACUGAUUUUGUUUUAAAAAUCGCACACCGAAAACCAGUUGAAAAAAAUAAACACAGUUGAAAUAUAUUUUCGAGUGCCCCAGUGCCAGUGCAAAAAAGUUCCCGCAAAAUAAAUCAAAUUUUUGUGCAACGCAGAAAUACACAAAAGAUAUAUUCGAAUAAAAAAACAAAAUAUCGUGUCGUUGUUGCGUCGCUGUUGACAGAAGUGCAAUACAAGUAUAUAACCCAAUAAUAAUAUAUUUAUUACUAUCAAUUACAUAUUAUUAAUCAAAAGUAAUAAAAUACGCAAAUCAAGGCGAAAUAUUGCAUGCAGAUAACAAAAAGUGCGGUUGACUAAAUACAAAUUGCAAGAAUAACAAAAAUAAAACAAAACUGAAAACACGCCCGGAUUUGAUUGCAUUUUUUUGCCGUGUAGUUGUAAUUUUUGUUGACGCCGCUUUUCUGCCCAAAGUAUCAGAUUUAUAUUCGCCGUAUAUAUUCGAGUUUAUACGAAUUCUGAUUUCUGUAUUUCCGCUCGGACUCCAAACUCAGCAGAAAACUAAAACUCUUUCGUCAGUCAAAUGAUAGACUCGCGACGAUACUACGCACAAACCCAUGUUGGAUUAUAAUUUAUACCCUUAAAUUUGGGGGCUACAAUGCGGCCAGAAGUAUACGAUGUUACUACAGUUCACGCUGCCCAAUGUCAGGACUUUUAUUAUACUGAUGGUUGUGGUUGCUUUUGUGAGGCCAGCAUGCGCCGCGAAAAAUGUUUUAACACUCAGCAAACACAGCGAGCUUGCGCUGCACAUCAAUUCGCACGGCAAAGUGACCGCCGAGAACAUAUUGCGAACAUAUCAAUACUUCACGAUGGAAGCUGUCAACGAUGUGUUCAGCUUGGAUUUCAAAAUCACCAUCUAUUCGGCGGAUGUAGACUACUAUCUGUGCUUUCAUCAAGGCAGACUGGUUGGAAAGAAAAACGCCACAAAGGACUGUCACUUUAAAGAGGGGAUAUUUAUGGGCAAUCAUCACUUUACCAGCGCCUACAAUCCAAACCUGCGAGUGGGUUUCAAGGGAAACUUUAAGCCAAUUGGCUUGAACGAUUUCGCCAAGCCGAAAGUGAUGAAAAAGGCCAUAUUAUAUUUCUUUCCUGUUAGUGAGGAGAGAUUUAACUCACAUUUGGCUGAAGUUUUGAGAAGCACUACCACUACCACUACCACAACAACAACUACAUCAACCACCACCACAACAACAACAACACCACCCAGUACUAAGAAAAUCAGCUCCACAACAACAACAACAACAACAGCAAGCCCAGUGGCGGUCACAAAACGAACGCGUUCAAAGUCGCGUCGCCCAACAAGUAUUAAUAGCGAUAGUAGCAACAGCAAUAUCCCCGAAAAGAUCAGCAACAGUAAUAGCCUUAAGACCCACAACCAAGCCAAUAGCAACAACAAUAAUAACAACAACAAUAAUGAGCUGGACCUGCAGCAGCAACAGGUGAUCCUGCAAAGGAAUCGCAAGCAACAUCGCCGCCAGAGGUUGCAACAAAAGAGGCAGCAACAGUUGCAACAUCGCCGUCGCCAUCGGCAAUAUGGCACAGUGGGUGUGAUGGCCCAACCGCAGCCCAAAAAUCUAGUGGUACGUCAUCAUCACAAUAAUGCCACCAUAAUGGAGCGACGACGACGUCGCCGCUUGGAGCGGCAGCAACACAAGUUGCAGCGUGAGUUGUGGGAGCAGGAGCAGCGGGAGGCGGGCGAAAGGGAGCGGGAACGCGAGCGGGUGGAGCACCUGCCCAAGGCCACCUCCUCGGCCUCGUCCUCGUCCUCCUCCUCGUCGACGGCCACCUCAACGGCCCUGACCGCCACGGCCGCCUCGUUGGCACCCAGCGCCUUCAAUCUGGUGGCCAUUAUGGCCGCCAGUCGUCGCAAGCGUGACAGGCGAAAACGUUCCGCCGGUGCAACAGGUGGCGGUGCGACAGUUGGUGCGGGCUCAGCGAGGGGCGGCAACAGCGGCAACAGUCCGCCCGAUGCUGAUAUGCAACUGGUGGAGCUACCCUCGCAGCGAUUGCAGCAGCAGGAUGACCACCAUCCACAAAAUGAAUACUCAAAACCCUAUGUUAAUAGUAACUUAAACUUAAACUUAAAUGUAAACCAACUAAUUGAUAGUAGUAGUAGCGCUAAUGUUAAUCAUGCAAUACCUGCCUUGCCAAAAAACUACAACUACUUGUACAGUAACGAGCAUUAUAAUUUGAAUACUAAAAGUAGCACGACUGAUUCUAGUAGUUUAGACGAUAGCACUAAGUUCGAUAGUCCAAAUAGCCAUAGCCAUAGCCAUAGCCCUAGCCCUAGCCAUAGCCACAGCGCGUUCAAUCAGAAUAUUGACAAUAAUCUUAAGCAAUUAAACGAUCGAAUUGACCUUGUUUCAACCGAAAAUCAAGUUGAGACAUCAGUGACCGAAGAAGGUGACACAGAGACAGUUACAACCGCAACUGUUGUGCAGAAUCGCAAUCAUAUUGAUGCUAAUAAUAUAAUCGACGAUAGCUAUCCGAACGACGAGGAGCACGAAGAGCUGAUUCUAAAGAAACUUCUUCGUGGCCUCCACAAGCUGCAACAGCAACAUGUGCAGCAGCAACACCAGCAGCAGCAACAGCACCAGCGACAACCUAAUAUUGAUAACCCUAAUGAAAAUAUUAAUGUUGUUAACGAUAAUCAGAAUCAUAAUGAUGAUAGUGGGCUGCUGACAAAUAAUAACCAUAAUAGUAAUUACAAUGAGCAAUUUGCGAAUGACGAUGAAACGAUACGAAUUCAAAAUAAUAAAUAUGAAACACAUAUAGUACAAUACAAACAUGCGGUAGUUAUUUGGAAAAUAGUGGGGGGCUGUCUGCAAUUUUUCAGCAUUUUUAGCAAAGGUUUUGGAUGGAGGAGAGUCCUGAGAGUAUCAUGA